AUGCAAAUCGUCUGUUUGGGACUGCUUCUUUUCCAUCUGACCUGGGCAGCAUCAAUGGUUCAACCACAGACUGAGGGAACUAAGCAAGACUGUGUGGAAGAACAGGGGAUAACAUACAAGGGUCACCAUGAGAAACAUGGGCAUUAUAUUUUCCAGUAUGUUUACACACCACCUGGGAGGAAAAAUCGAACGAACAUAAAGGAAGACAUAACCAAAGACAAUACUGCUCUUCACCACUCUGGCAAGAGAAGACAUCAAGGGCCAGCACCUCAAGAAAACAGGGUCCAAGGAAGAGAGAAAGACUUGCUCCUUCUUGGAGUGGAUAAAAAGAAGCACAUUAGUAACAGAGAAAAUGCCCACAAUGACCUAACGAUGCCCAUUUGCCCUGACUCUACGGGGAACAACAGGCCUGGGGAUGGAGCCGAUGUUCUCAGCAGACUGCGCGGCCAGGAAGAACACGGUACAGCUCUCACCAGAAAUGACAUGCGGCGUGUAAUGGAGCCAGGAGCUGUGACUGAACUGCUGGGGGCAGAAAACAAGGAGCUCAAAGCCAGGAACGGUCUAAACAAAAUUCUAUCAAGUGCGAAUCAUGCCAAGUCCUCCUCAAAAGGUAAGAAGAAUCACCAAAGAGAUCCACAAGCUCUAAACAUUCCAAUAAAAAGCAAAAGCACCCACCAGAUCCACCAUGACACCGACUCCCUAAAACAGUUCCCCAAACUCAAAAAAAUCCCCAGUGAUUUUGAAGGCAGUGGCUAUCUAGAUCUGCAAGGGAGGGGGGACAAUGAUAUCUCUCCUUUCAGUGGAGAUGGCCAACCUUUUAAGGACAUUUCUGGUAAAGGAGAUGCUGUCGAUCCUGACCUAGAGGGCGCAGAUACUCAAACAGAGGUUUCCGGCCUAGUUGAAGCUGAGACUGUUAAUCCUGAAGCGGGAGGCCCGGGUAAUAACGACAUCCCAGGGACAGCAGAAAAUGGCAAAAACACCAUUGGAACCAGGGACGGAACAGCGCAAGAGGCAAACGCUGAUGUGAGCCUACUGGAGGGCGGCAACCACAUCGCGGGGAGCACCAAGUUCAAGGAGCUCCCUGGGAAGGAAGGAAGCAGAGCGGAUGCUGGCAGCCAAAAUGCCCACCAAGGAAAAGUCGAGUUUCAUUACCCUCAUGUGUCCUCAAAAGAGCAAAGGAAAGAAGGCAGCAGGGAUGUUGCUGAAAGCACUAAUUAUAAUGAAAUUCCGAAAAAUGGCAAAGGGAGUAGUAGAAAAGGUACAGAACAUUCUACCAGGAAUCAAGUGACCUCGAGUGAAAAGCAAAGAUUUCCUAGUGAGGGCAAAAGGCCGGGCCAGCUCAUUCCUUCUCGUGGUCUUGACAAUGAAAUUAUAAAUGAAAGAGGUUCCCAUAGUGGCCCCAGUAAUGAGGGGACUGUAACAACACACAGUGGGAAAAAUCAUUAUGUACCCCACCGACAAAAUAGCGCCACGUGGAGCAAGGGGGUGCCACAAGGAAAAGGCUCCCGGGCUCACCGAAAAUCCCACGCCAACAGGAGGGUUAGGCUCCUCAGAAAGCACGCCAGCAGUGAGUCCUCCGACAGUGGCAGUUCGAGUGAGAGUGACGGUGACUAG